GAUACUUGGAGGCAUCUGACAACACUAAACUGGAAACGUGGAGUCGCAGUGUGUACAGUAGGUGGUGCUUGAGUCAAUAAAUAGGCUUAUAAAUAGGAAAUCCUCUCUAAAUUGACUGGUCGUAGACAAUACACCAUAAAGGAAUACACGGGCGGAGAAGAUUUGACAAAAUGUGGAAUAGGAUAUUUUUUUGUGGACUGGUUGUCUGUCUCAUCAGCCUCACUGACCAGACUCAGGGCCAGAAAACAACUUUAGUUGUUCAAGGGACAGAUUGCACACAGAUCAAAACUCUCUCCCCUCGAGCCACCAGUGGAGUGUAUGUCAUUCAGCCUGCGGGAGUCAGAUCCCCCUUUAAGGUGUAUUGUGAGAUGCUGGCAGACGGAGGCUGGACAGUCUUUCAAAGGCGCACCGGGGCAGAGGUUCUUUUCAACAGGAAGUGGGCAGUGUACAAACAAGGCUUUGGGAAUCUACGGAAGGACCACUGGCUGGGUCUGAGUAAGGUGUUUGCUCUAACAAAGGGCAGGGAGCGGAGCUCGACCAUGCGGGUCGACCUAUGGGACUUUGAAGGGGGCACUGCCUUCGCUGAGUACAGUGACUUCCGUCUGGGCACGGAGAAGGAGGCCUAUAAGCUGAACGUUGGAGCCUACAGGGGCAAUGCAGGUGAUGCCAUCCGUGGGAAAUACGCCGGCAUUGACCAGAAUGGCUUUGGCUUCAGCACAACCGACAAGGACAACGACGGCUGCUCACCCUGCAUCUUUGGAGACAUCGCCGAGAACACGUGCAGCUUCUCGGAGGGAGGAGGAGGGUGGUGGUACAGUCGCUGUGGCUCUGCCAGCCUGAACGGAGACUGGCACCCCACCGGCGAACACAUCGGCUGGGCCUCCGGCCUCCACUGGGAGACCUGGAAAGGACCUGCCCCAUACUCGGCCCGAGCGAGCCGCAUGAUGAUUAAAUCUGUGUGAGGCCACGUCUCAAUACAUCUGAAAUGGUUUCCUAGGCCUAUGUCUCCUUUGCUUUAUGACCACCGGUCUGAGCCACAUUAGUGGGCAUGAGUAAAGGAAACCAUUGAAAUAACAGGAACACAUACAGCUAUGUGUUCCAUGGAGUGAUGCCUGCAUAUCGUGCCAUAUUGCUUUGCUUGAAUGGUCUGUUUAUUUGGAUCUGUUGUGCAAUAAACACACUAUUUGUUUAUCCCA